UCUAAUUGUAAAGGGAAGAUUCCCAUCAAAGAGGAGGAAAAUUGAAAAUAAAAAGAGGCUAUGAAGGGCACACCCCCUACGAAGAUCUGUUGCUUGUUUUUGUUGGAAAUUUCUGCUUUACACACGAAUACCUAAAACAAGCAUUUAACGCAGGAAAUAAUAAUAAUAAAUCGUUAUUCCUCUCCAAGUUUCUGUCUUCAGAGGCCGGGGAAGAAAAUCUGCAAAAAUGGGGCAGGCGAGGAAGAUUGUUGGAUUUGCCUCUACUAUAACCGGAAACCUCCGCCGUAAUGGUGAUGUUCAUAAUGCCCGAUCUUUUGCCACUUCUACUACCCCGCCUGUGUUCAUCGACAAAAAUACUCGUGUCAUUUGUCAGGGUAUAACGGGCAAAACUGGUACAUUUCACACGGAACAAGCCAUCGAAUACGGAACUAAAAUGGUUGGUGGAGUGACUCCCAAAAAAGGGGGAACAGAACACUUAGGUCUUCCGGUUUUUAACAGUGUUGCAGAAGCAAAGGCUGAAACCAAGGCAAGUGCAUCCGUCAUUUAUGUUCCCCCUCCAUUUGCUGCUGCAGCUAUUUUGGAAGCAAUGGAAGCUGAGUUGGAUUUGGUUGUUUGCAUUACUGAAGGCAUUCCUCAGCAUGACAUGGUACGUGUUAAAGCAGCCCUCAACAGGCAAACUAAGACUCGGCUUAUUGGACCAAAUUGUCCUGGAAUUAUCAAGCCUGGCGAGUGCAAAAUUGGUAUUAUGCCUGGUUAUAUCCACAAGCCUGGCCGUAUUGGCAUUGUUUCCAGAUCUGGCACACUUACAUAUGAAGCGGUUUUCCAAACAACUGCUGUUGGCCUUGGGCAAUCAACGUGUGUUGGAAUUGGGGGUGAUCCUUUUAAUGGGACAAAUUUUGUUGAUUGUUUAAAGCGAUUUGUUGAAGACCCUCAGACUGAAGGCAUAGUUCUAAUAGGAGAAAUCGGAGGAACCGCAGAAGAGGAUGCAGCUAUGUUCAUAAAGGAAAGUGGAACACAAAAGCCCAUUGUUUCAUUCAUUGCUGGACUUACAGCACCACCAGGGCGCCGCAUGGGUCAUGCUGGAGCAAUUAUAGCUGGAGGCAAAGGUACAGCCCAAGACAAAAUUAAGACUCUACGAGAGACAGGUGUAACAGUUGUUGAGUCCCCAGCAAAGAUUGGCACAACUAUGUUGGAGGUUUUCAAGCAACGUGGGCUUGUUUCGUAAUUGGGACAUAUCAUGAGAGUUGGUUUCAAUGAAACUCUUAAAUUCAGAAAUUCUUGCUCGGUACAAAGGAUUUUUCUUUGCCCCCAGGGUGUAUAGACGAAUUGGUAAGUUGUUGAAAGACAUGAAUAUUGGUUGUGUUUAAAGUUUUAAACUCCAAUAAAACCACUAGGAAUGGGGCUAGCUUGAUAGCAUUUGUGCAAUUGCAAUUCUAACACUGAUUCUCCUGGCUACCAAACAAAAUAAACACAAUAUUUUUUCUGACAUUGCUUCCUGAUUCUCCCUAUUAAAAAUGGGGAGUUUAGCUGAGUGUGGUAUCAUGGAUUUUAUACUCAAGAAUAAUGGGAAAUCACUACAGUUUCUUUCAAGUGAA